GCCCCCAUUCGUUUUCGCAUCGGCGUAUCUCCCGGCGGCCGGCAAAGGCGCUCUCGACCUCCCUGCGGUGCCGGUACGACAGUCGACAGGAUGGCAAUGGCCACAUCAGCAUCGUACCCUCCACCUCCUCCAUUUUACCGAUUGUACAAAAAUUUUGAGCAAGAUCCCUCAUCUGCACCAGAACCUCCACCACCAAUUGACGAACCAUUCAAAGCCUUGGGUGUUGAUUACACAGGAGAUGUUGUGAUUCCAAGCUUGGAGAGUCAUAAUGUCCGUCAGCUUUAUCCAAAGGGUCCCAAUAUUGACUUCAAGAAGGAGCUUAGGACCCUCAACAGAGAGCUUCAAUUGCAUAUUUUGGAGCUGGCAGAUAUAUUAGUUGAGAGACCAUCUCAAUAUGCUCGUAGGGUAGAAGAUAUUACGCUCAUAUUCAAGAACUUACAUCAUCUUCUCAAUUCCUUACGACCUCAUCAGGCAAGGGCCACAUUGAUUCACAUGCUUGAGAGCCAAAUUCGGCACCGCAAGGAAGCAAUUGAAGAUAUAAAGCAGAGGAGGGAGGAAGCGCAAAAGGUGCUUGGGGAAUCACUGCUUAUCUUGGAUGGAAGUCAAACUAACUAGGCUGACGCCGUCAAGGUAGUUGGUUCAAGACCGAUUCUUCUAUGAGUUAGUGUGUUAGUAGAAUAGAAGACAAGAUGUGUCUGGAUUGUUGUGGUAUCAUCUGUUGUGGCUUGUGGUAUUUCCAGCUUUGAUAACUGAAUUUUCUUACUUCUAUGGUCUAUGUUAGCAAAGUUGGAUUACUUUCUUACUUCCAUUGGUACUCAACUGCAUCAUGGGUUACUUUCUUGUGGAAGUGUAUAUUGUGAGAUUGAUGCCUC